UUCUUUUUUUCUUAGCUCAAUGCCAAACUACUCGUUAUCUUUCGCCGCCGUCAUCGUAAUUUCCGUCGAUUCGACUUAUUGAAAUUUUUUUUUAACAAAAUUAUUGCACGCCAAUAUCGGGCAUUGCAAUGCAAAUUUUACGCGUGUCGAUAUCGACUUGAACUUAUCUAAAUGCCGAAGCGGAAUACUUUUGCGGAAAGUUAUGCAAGCGAUGCUUGCAUGUUUAAAAUGGACGUUUAGAGGCAGAGAUAUAGCAGAUAAAUUCCGGCAGCAUUAAAAAAGAAGCAAUUUCUGUAAAAUCUAAUAUCGCGCGUCGCAUAUCGCGCCGAUAAAUUUGUAAUAGAAUGGCGCACACCGAGUGCAAGUAUAUUACGUGCCCCAUGUGCAAAGGUGCAGGUAAGUCUGCCACACGCGCGGCGACGGAAGUGAAUUCCUUAUCUAUUCUACAUGAGAGUGCAAAUUCAUUACAAGUUGCAAAAACGGAAUUUGUCGAGGCGACGUAUUCCGGGGCUUCGGGAGACCUGCGUUUUCCCACAUUACCUGACAGCAAAUAUCUGAAGGAUGUUAAUCCUACGGCCGUUUACGGGGAGGAUGCAUCUACGCUGGAGGGCGAUUUUGCGGGGAUACCGGAGGAAUUUGUGAGUCCGCACGAGGCAUUGAAACACGCCAUGCAGAGCCUGAAGCAAAAUCAGUGGCAGAGCAGCGUGUCGGCUCUGAUAAAGCUGGCGCACAUUUCGCGGGUUCAACCGGAAUUGCUGGACGCCAGCAUGCCUCGUAUAUAUCGAACCUUGUGCAGCUUGUUGCGAAAUACGAGGCCGCACGUCGUUAGAACUGUCUGCCAGGUAGCGAUGGAGUUGUACAAGACGGUCCAGUGCACGCAGAGACCCGAAUUCGACGAGCUCGCGGCCGCGCUGCUCUUGAAGAGCACGCACACGAACAAGGGAAUCCGGAAUGACGCCCAAUGUGCCUUGGACUCCAUGGUGUCGCACCUGCCACCCGCGACUUGUAUUCGGAUAUUGGCCAGCGAGCACGGUGCUAGCCACAAGAAUCCGCUGAUAAGAGCAACCGUGAGUCGAUUGCUCUAUAAUAUUAUUAGCAUUAUUGGAGUGGAAUGUUUAUUGUCAAAUUCGAAUAUCAAAGAUACCCGCCGUAAGAUAUUCGCGAUGUGUGCGAAAUUUCUGCUCGACGGCAAUAACGAAACGAGGAAUGAUGCAAAAAAGACAUUAAAAGCGAUGAUGGGCCAUCCAGAUUUUGAUAUGCUAUUUUAUCAGGACGUAGAUUGGAAGAUUAUUAGCAGCAUAGAAAAGCAAUUAGUGUCUUUAAAGUACAGCCAAAGUCACAGCGUGUAAUAUUAUCUGUGUUAUUAAUGUUAUGUACCAAAAGUAAUGAUGAUAUUAUAACCGUCCGUUUCUUAAAUAAUAAAAUACGUUGGUAUUAA